AUGGCAGAAGGAAAACUGCAUUUUCCUGCAAAGGAAUCCUUUGAUGAGAAAGACACACCGGUUAAUCUACAUGUGCAUCAGGUUUAUAAUGGCACUCCCCCUCCCUCGGAGAGCGACAAUCCAGACCCAGAAGCCCAACAAGGCACGCUCUCUCACCCUAUCCUCAAAGAUGGCCACCAAGUCCUUGUCACUUGGACACUGGAUGAAGAAUCUGUCAUCGUUCGCAAACUCGACUUUCUUUUCCUCCCCAUAUUCUCGGUCGGUCUCCCCGCCGUCCUGACCUCUCUCGUAUUAUCCUUCCCCGCUAAAAAUCACCCUCAGCUACUGUUUACCUGGAUGGCCAUUGAUCGUACCAAUGUGUCGAGUGUGCUGACCUCCACCUUCCUGCCCGACACGUCUAUGACCCGGGAUCAGGCCAACACAGGUGUCUCUCUACUCUGGCUGGGCAUUGUCUUGCUUGAGAUCCCUUCAAACAUCAUCCUCCACCGAGUGGGUCCGCACUACUGGAUUCCGGCCCAGGUUGUCGUCUGGGGCUUGAUCGAGGUAUUGCAAAUGUUUGUGACUAAUGCCCGUAGUUGGUACGUUGCACGGUUGUUCCUAGGGCUUGCAGAGAGCGGGUUCAUCCCCGGUGGCCUAUACAUAUUAUCGACAUGGUAUGCACCCAAUGAACUCACACAGCGUACUGCAAUAUUCUUCCUGGGGCCUGCGUUGGCUGGGGCUUUUGGCUCGCUGAUUUCGGCGGGGGCUUUGACGUUACAUUUGCAGGGAGGAUUAAGUGGAUGGCAAUGGAUAUUUGUCAUAUGUGGCGUCUCUACGAUAAGUAUGCACAUACCAACAUCCCGUGUUGCCUGCCUAGCUAAUAUCAGGCCCGAGUCAGCCGUAGGAGUUCUGGCUUUUGCUCUUGUGCCCAAGUCUCCGUACCAUACAGGUCACCUCUUUGGUGGUCUUAUCCGUGUACGGGGCUGGCUCAACGAGCAUGAAGCUGACAUCCUCGUUGCACGAAAAGUCAGAAAGGAAUACAAGCAGGGAGCCGGGUCGACUCUGAAAAUUAGCUGGAAAGAUAUAACCGAUGUCUUUUUCCACUGGGCUACCUGGCCGUACCUCAUUGUGUGCCUGACCGGCCUACAAUCUACGAAUGGGCUGAGCACCUGGGGUGCAACCAUCAUCAAGUCGCUCAACUUCAGUGCAAUCCGAGCUAACUUGCUUAAUGCCCCUGGAAAUCUGCUGGGUGCAAUCUUUGGCAUUGUGCUAUCUACAUUUGUAGACAGGUAUAGUCGGUUUGGGUAUGCAAUCACCCUUUCGGCUGUGUGGACCCUGGCGGGCCUAAUUGCACUUUAUUCUCUCCCAGUCACGUCCAAGGCUUCGUGGUCCUUUUAUGCGGCCUAUCUAGUCACCCAAUCUGCCCCCAACUGGCAGCCGAUCAAUGUAACCUGGUUGUCCUUAAACUUUAAGACGCCCCAGAAACGCGCCGUCGCGUAUGCGGUAUACAUUGGAUGUUCUAACCUAGGGGGUACAUACGGCAACCAAGUAUUCAGAGCGAGCGAUGCCCCUCUCUAUCAUACCGGAUGGAUUGUCUGUAUAUCCCUGGGCGCAGUAUGGCUCGCCGGAAUAAUCACACAGACAUUCAGCUUUCAGUGGGCCAACCGGACUUUCGCAAAGAAGUUGGUGGACAAUCCAGAGCUGGAAUCAGAGGUUACACAUGUAGAAAGUAAUGGGCGAAAGUAUCGCUAUUAUUGGUGA